AUGAAUUGGCAUGAUACAGCAUCGAGGGAGUUGAGAACACACACGGCACUUGGGACGGGAGUCAGCAGAAGGACUAUGGAGAGUACCAAGACACUACCUACACCUUGCAGUCACUCUUUCCUCCUGCUCCAACGCGCAUCGAGUGACAGUGAUGGUGGCCAGCCAAUUUGGUCCGAAUCCGUUCGACAAAGACAAAGCAAGGCAAUCUCCCAGCCUGCCACGAUGCAGGUCCGACCGAACCACAUCAAUCCACUCAUCAAACUCUGUGGUAACCGCGGUUUCAGACCGAAAUACAAGUUGGGUCGAUACGUGCCCCACAGUAACGACUUGUCCGCAUCUUCGGAAUUAGAAGUAGCGUUUGAGACUGGUAUAAGGGAAAGUAGUAAAAGUGGUAAAAGCCUUGAAAAGGCGAAUAGCCAGUGGUUCG